AUGCUCAGCAGCAUUCUCUCACAGCCUACAACAUCCCGUGCAGGUGCUGCACUCGCUUGCGGUGUGUACAUUCUUACCAUCAGACUCCCUUACCCAUCAAUUACUGACGACACAGCUCUCCGCACGCCUGGACCUACUCGCUAUGCUCCCAUGGCAUUCGCCGCCGCUGCCCGGCACCAGCGCCAGCACCGCGCACGAUCCCUGCACACCACCAGUCCCAUGUCUGCCAGCCACUUUGACACGCAGCUCUUUGUCGAGCGGCUCCAGCAGCACGGCAUGACGCGCGAACAGGCCGAAGGCGUCAUGACCGUCUUGGCGGACGCGGUCGAUGAGAGUAUCCGGAGUAUGGAGGGUGGCCUGGUCAGCAAGGCCGAGCAGGAGAAGCAACGCUACACCCAGAACGUCGACUUUGCGCAGCUCAAAUCCGAGCUCCAGCUACACGAGAAGAACGACUUGACGCUCAUGAAGGCCGAGAAUGACCGUCUCAUGGCCGACGUGGAGAAGCUCAAGCAACGCCUCCGAGAGGAAAUCACACGCACACAGGCCGGUGUGCGUCUCGACUUGAACCUGGAAAAGGGGCGCAUUCGCGACGAGUCGGCGCAGCAGGAGCUCAAGAUCAAAGAGGUGGAUACCCGUAUCGAGUCGGAGAUUGCCGGUCUGCGUACCCAGAUCGAGCAGGCAAAGUUCUCGAUCCUCCAGUACCUCGUCGGUGUGGCAACCGGUUCCGGCGCGCUGCUCUUGGCGUACAUGCGUAUGAUGGUGGGUGAUUGCGAUACCGAGUUGUCUGCUGACCCAAACAGAAAUAGACAGGACAUGCAUUGGCCUUUUGGCCACAUCGGAAACACCCUUGCUACUCGUGUUUGGUUCUGCUGA